AUGAGAGUGAGAGUGACUAAUGACUAUACAUACGAGUUUGGUCUUCAUUUGGUUCGGUUGAAACGUUGCCGGUUCGCUUGCUCUGUAUUACUAAAAUGA